CCUCUCAGGUGCUCGGUGCGUUAAAUUGGAUGUUAACGGGUCGUUUUUAAAACGGCCUCCUAGUGUGGUUUUUGCAGGUGAUGUGGAGUUCACAGGUAACUAGGCUAGUGAUAGAUCUUGAUGCUCUUUUCAAGGGUAGAUUGUGUUGCUUUCCCAAGGACCCACUGGGGGAUGUUGAGGCUUGGGGCGAGUCUGUGGACAAAGUCCUCGGCUGUAAAGCCGGACAGAUCGCCUUCCGGGAAUUCCUGAAGUCCGAGUACAGCGAGGAGAACAUACUGUUUUGGCUUGCCUGCGAGGAGUACAAAAAGAUCAAGACGGCCCCGGAGAUGAUCUCCUCGGCCAACAGGAUCUACUCAGAGUUCGUCGACUCGGAAGCACCCAGACAGAUCAACAUAGAUUGCGGUACCAGAGAAAACAUCACAAAGAACAUCUCCCAGCCGACCCUGACUUCGUUUGAUACGGCGCAGAAGCUCAUCUACAGUCUGAUGGCCAGGGACUGCUACCCGCGCUUCCUAAAAUCUGACAUCUAUCAGGGACUCCUGAGGAGAAAUGAUUCAAGGUGACUGUAUUAAAACCGACAGCCUCUCAGGCGGGCUCGUGAAAUCUUCAGUCCAACUCUGAUCUGCUGUAGCACUCUUUGAUUUCAGUGUGGAUAACCGGUUUAUACCAUACAAUCCAGAUCCUUAAGUAUAGCAGAUGUAGUUUUUCUAAACCUGUGUGAUUCUGUAGACGGUUACAGCUCAAGACAAUUUGCAGCUUGUAUUAUACUUCAUCUCUUUAAUUAUGUCAAAGAAAGAAAAAAAAAUCUUCUAAGAGAUUGUGCACAUAAUUCCUCUGAAUGAUUAUCUUUUCUUUUUUUUUUCCUGUCCUUCAACACUUAAGGUUAAUGAUAAAAAGAAUUCCUUUAUUGUAAAGUAUUAUCAGCCCUUUAUCUAAUUGAUUAUGCCAAUAUAAAUGCUAAUAUGUUCUGAGAACUUUCAGCUUUUCAUAUGCAAAUAAAUAUUGUCACAUUUCUGCCUUA